GUAGCAAAAAAGUGGCUGACAGGUAAGUUGAGUUGCAGUAGUCUAAUAGUGCAUCGCGAAAUGCAGCAGAAAGACUGGCAUUGGUUUUUGGUGCACCGUUGACUCCAUUCUCGUCAGUGAUUCUCUGCCUUUUGUGAAUUUUUGAAGUGGAAAAUUCACGGAAAAGUGGAAAAGUAGAUAUAUUAAAAAUGUGCAGCACAGAUGCCUCAAUGGGCGAGGAUAAUAUGGUACUCUCCGAUAAGCAGGAGUACAACGAAGCCCUCGUUUCUCGAAUCGCUCAACUGCGUCAGGUACUUCGUGAUCUCCGUCUGGCACUUCAUCUGGAGAGGUUAAAUCUGCAACGGGAAGUUCAAUCGACAUUUGCCAGGUUCCAAAAAAAGUCCCAAGAGUUCCAACAAGACCUUAGCGUCAAUUACAAGGACAGCUGUCAAUUUAACAUUGGGCAAGUUCAAAGUUUCGAAGAAUGUGAUGAAGAAAAAACGAGAUUGGAUUUGAUCUCCAACAUAGAAAUCUCAACAGCGAAUGAAAUGCAUCCGGAAUUUUUGGACCAGAACGUCUCAUGGAAAACUUUGACGUCGACAUCAAAUUACUACAAACAGAAAAUCUUUGACUUAGAAACUGACUGUUAUGCGGGACUGAAUAAGAUUAGAUACAAAUUCAUGGAAUCCUUGCAAGCCUUUGAGGACACGCUCGACCUGGCGGAACUUUCCUACAAGAAAAGAGAAGAAAUAUCAAAUUUUCAGGAUCAACUCACUGGGAGAAAAUUUCACAGAACCGAAGAAAGUUUUCAAAGAGAAAAUAAAAUUCUUACUUGCCUCUAUAAGUCUCCCGCUCGUUGCAAAUCUCUCAUCGUCCACAAAGUUCAAAAUAACUGGUCCAGAAAUAUCUGUGGUGAACGUUCCAGUGACAGCAAUUUCUGCGGUCUGCUUUACAGAAGCACUCAAUUUCACCAGGAACCAAGUCAAAUUUUCAAUUUAACUGAUUGCAUCAGCGACAUUACUAUUUCGAAACGCUACUCCACGCUCUUCGAACCACCGGAAUUGAGUGGAUUACAAAAAGCUACUAUAAAAUUAUAAAAAAAUAAAUAAAAAUGUAAAAGAUUGCACGCGCUGAACCUUGAUAACUAGAUUUCAUGUACAUUGAAGAUUUAUUUGACAAAAAUAAAAUGUAAAAAUUGAACUUACAAUGGACUCUUUAAAUUUCAGUUAGUUUAAUUUCUUUACUGAUUUCAAUCAGUAAAUAAAUUCUAGCUAUUAAUUAUUUUUUACUGAUAAGUUAAUCAAAGUUACUGAUCCAUUGGUGAAGAACGAAUGAUCCAUAGUUAAAAUUUAGUUACUGAAUGAAUUUAGUAAAAAAAAGUUAACUAAUUAAAAUUGAUAGGGUACAUUUGAAAAUGUAUCUUUUUAAAGGAAACACUCUUU